AUGGAUAUUAUUAUUGUUAAUCAUGCUCUUAAGAUUACGGGUGUCACAGAGGCACAACAAACAGAUCCACAAAUUACUAUUGAUUGUCUCAACAAUGGACAGCGGAAUGCUUAUAACACAAUCACUUCUUCAGUUUUUCAAAAUAAAGGAACUAUUUUCUUUCUGAAUGGGGGUGCUGGAACAGGGAAAACAUUUAUGUACAAUACAAUUGCAUUAAAAUGUCGCAACCUUGGGUAUAUCAUUGUUACUAUGGCUUCAUCUGGAAUUGCAUCAUUGUUACUGGUAGGAGGUCGCACUGCACACUCAACAUUUUCCAUUCCAUUAGAUGUCUUGGAUAAUUCGAAUUGUGGGCUUAGCAAACAAUCAUUACAAGCUGAGUUAUUUAGAGAAACAAAACUCAUAAUUUGGGAUGAAGUUCCUAUGCAACAUAGACAUUGUGUUGAGGCGGUUGAUCGUACAUUGAGGGAUAUUUGUGAUAGUAAAAAGCCAUUUGGGGGUAUUACUGUUGUUCUUGGUGGAGACUUUCGACAAAUCUUAUCAGUUAUACCCAAAGGAGUUCGUGAGAAAAUUGUGAAUGCAUCAUUAAGACACUCUGUUCUAUGGAAACAUAUACAUAUCUUAACUUUGGAUUUGAAUAUGCGCUUGAAUCGUGAAGGCCAUGAAAAUGCUAAUUUUGCAAAUUUCUUGAUGGAGAUUGGGACCAAUCCUCAAGAAAUCGUUAACCUCCCAUCAACAAUACACAAAUGUCAAGAUUUGAAUGAAUUACUCUCUACAGUUUACCCACAGUUGAAUAUGAUAGAGACAUCAACUCCAACAUUUUUAACCGAACGCACAAUUUUGUUUGCGCGUAAUGAUGAUGUCAGUGAGAUUAUUACUAUUGCGUUGAAUAUCUUUCUAGGGAGAUUAUGUACUUAUCUUGCAGCAGAUAAAAUGUCUGAAGAUAAUGAAAUUGAUCCUACCAUUACAAAUAGAUAUUCUAAUGAAUAUUUAAAUUCAUUAGAUCCUCCUGGGCUUUCAAUUUUUAAGUUAGAGUUGAAAGUGGGUUGUCCUAUAAUAUUGUUGAGAAACAUUGCACCGAAAGAUGGAUUAUGUAAUGGUACAAGAUUGAUGGUUACUAGGUGCGAUACUCGCAUAAUUGAAGCUCAAAUUUUAACUGGAGAGAAGUUUGGUAAUUUGGCAUUCAUACCAAGGAUAUCUUUGACACCAUCUUCUUCAGAAAUGCCUUUUCAAAUGACAAGACGUCAAUUUCCAGUUUGA